AUGAAGGGAGUCGCAUCGCAUGACGUCCCUGCAUCCUCCCGUUGCCAUGGCGACGGCUCUCUCCGCAUCCCGACCCGUCGACACGGAGACCUCGAACGAACCCUCCCAUAUGCCGUUAGGAAGUCCGGGCCGGGCGUGCGUGGAGUGAAAGUGGGGAAGGGCGACGGUCGUGCCUUUGGGAGGAAACCUAAUGAACAAGGGAGGAGGUCUAGUGAAUGCUUCAGCCUCUCACAACCUGAAAUGAUAAUGAUCGACCGUCCAGAGGUGGCUGGGUUCUUACCCACGACAGACCAUCAGUCAGUGAAUUCCAUGAACUUGGAACGUCUCCUGGCUUUAGAGGGGGAAGAGGUUGCCUUGCCCCCUGUAGGAGAAGCCAUUGCCCCAUCAAGGAGGAGACUUCCUUCAACUGAUCAUUGCGAACAGUACAUUCCUGACACAUAUCGCUUGGCAGAGGACCACAAUGUCUCCCAUGUUCCCAUUUUUCAUGGGAUACGCUGUGCUGAAUCUGACACUAGCUCAGCCUAUAGUGGAUCUGACACCAUGGCUUCGGCCCAGUCUUCCGGGGAUACCGAUGAAGUGGAUCUCACGGGUCUUGUGGAAGGCAAUGUUGACAGUGAUGAAGAAGAGGAUCUUGUUGAAAGCAUGGAGAGCCUUGCUGUUCGGGAUGCUGUACGAGAGUGCCUUGAAAAGGAUCCUGCAGACCGUACUGAGGAUGACAUUGAAGUUUUGUUGGAAUUUACGCAACAACUCAGGGCUUUCUCCAACAUGACCUUAGCAGUCCGAAGAGCCCUUUGCACUGUGAUGGUAUUUGCAGUGGUGGAGAAGGCAGGUACCAUUGUCAUGAAUGAUGGUGAAGAAUUGGAUAGCUGGAGUGUCAUUGUGAAUGGGUCAGUGGAAGUAGUGCAUGAGGGAACAAAGUAUGAACUUCAUCUUGGUGACAGUUUUGGAAUCACACCUACCAUGGAGAAAAUGCAUCACAAAGGAGUGAUGCGAACCAAAGUGGAUGACUGCCAGUUUGUCUGCAUUGCCCAGAUCCAUUAUUAUCGCAUUCUUCAUCAAGGGGAGGAGAACAUUGUGAGGCAUGAGGAGGGGGGACAAGUUGUUCUUGUGACAGAGCAGAGACUUGUUGAUGGUGGAAGUCGCUCAGGUCACAUUGUGAUCAAGGGAACACCAGAGCGGCUCAUGUUGCAACUGAUGGAAGACAACUCUGUUAUAGACCCUACAUUUGUGGAAGACUUUCUUUUGAUGCAUCGGGUCUUCAUAGAUUCUCAUAUCACAGUUGCCAAUCAGUUGCUUGACUGGUUCAGGAAUCCAUCUUUGCGAGAUAAGGUGACACGGGUGGUGCUUCUUUGGGUGAAUAAUCACUUCACCGACUUUGAAAUGGAUCCAAGGAUGAUGGAAUUCUUGGAGACUUUUGAGUUGGGUCUGGAACAAGAGAAAAUGCACGGUCAGCUCAGACUACUGAACAUUGCAUGUGCUGCCAAAGCACGUACUCGGACAGUCACUCUUGCAAGACCCAAACGAGAUGAUGUUCUUCACUUCUCUAUACUGGGAGGCUAUGAACGAGGAGCAGGCAUUUUCAUUUCAAAAGUGGAAAAAGGAUCAAAAGCUGAAGACAUUGGAUUGAAACGUGGUGAUCAGAUCAUUGAAGUGAAUGGUCAGAGUUUUGUACACAUGAGUCAUGCCAAGGCUCUGGAAAUCCUUCGUUCGACAACUCAUCUGUCAAUCACUGUCAAGUCCAAUCUCCUAGCUUUUAAGGAAAUGCUUCAAACCCCUGAUCGGUCUCCAGUACCUCGAUCCCGGUCACAGGGGCGACACAAGUCCAGAGAAAUUCACCCACCCCCUCCACCUCUUCAGUGCAUUUCUACAACAGUGGACAUCAUGAAGCAUAGGAACUUGACCCAGGGAACUGCACUCUUUGAUUCCCUGACUGGGGUCACCUCAUCCCCAAACAGGGACAGUGGCGUUAGCUGUAGCAAUGGAAGUGCAAGUGGGAGUAGCAGUGGGAAAUCUCAGGGGAAUAAAGGAUUCAUGACCUUGGGGCACAAGAACCGCUUUCGAAAGGCCAUUCUCAACUUCAUCCCCAAAAACUUCAUGAGUCAUGAUGCUGGGACAGUCACAGGAGGGAGUUCAGAUGAUUCCCUCUAUCCGCCAAGCCUCACCUCUUCGGGUCAAGGCAGUCUGUAUCACAGUCGCUCCAAUCCUGACCUUUCAUCUCUCUGCUUGGAGGAUUCUCAAUCAUCAACUGACCAGGGAAAUACCCUUCCCAGACCUGACUUCCCUGAGCAUGUCCUCAAGGUCUUCAGGAGUGACCAAACCUGCAAAUACCUCCUCAUUCACAAGGAAACAACAGCUCGGGAGGUGGUGAUGCUAACCCUGAGAGAGUUUGGCAUCACAGACCCAAGUUCUGACUAUAGCCUAUGUGAGGUGACUGUGGCUGAAGGAGGCAUCAUCAAACAGCGGAGACUGCCUGAUCAGCUCCAGAAUCUUGCAGAGCGCAUGGGUCUCAGUUCCAGGUAUUAUCUGAAGAACAAUCUGGUGACAGAGCCACUAGUACCCGAUGACAUGGCAGGUGAGCUCUUAAGGGAGAGCACAGUGCAUUUAUUGGGGCUGCGCCCUGUGGAAGUUGCUACUCAGCUGACGCUGCAAGACUUCUCCAUUUUCCGCCAAAUUGAAGCAACAGAGUAUGUGGAUGACCUCUUCAACCUUGCAAGUCCUUAUGGAACCCCAAUGCUCAGCCAGUUUUCAGAAUUGGUGAAUCGAGAGAUGUUCUGGGUUGUCACAGAGAUCUGCUCUGAGCAUAACCUGAUGAGACGUAUGCGUCUCAUCAAGCAUUUUAUCAAGAUAGCACGGCAUUGCAAGGAAUGCAAGAACCUCAAUACCAUGUUUGCCAUCUUGAGUGGCCUGGAAUAUGGGUCAGUGCGACGGCUACGCAGUACCUGGGAACGUCUUCCUGCAAAGUAUGAGAGGCUCUUCCAGGAAAUGAAAACCCUGAUGGAUCCUUCCAGGAAUAUGGCCAAAUAUCGGAAUCUCCUUUCCUCUGACUGCGGUCAACCUCCAAUUAUUCCCUUUUGGCCAGUGGUAAAGAAGGACCUCACUUUCAUUGACCUGGGGAAUGACACAAAGGUGGAUGGUCUUGUGAAUGCUGAGAAGUUGAGAAUGAUAGCAAAGGAGAUUCGAGGACUGAUCAACAUGUGUUCUGCACCCUAUGACUUCCUCACCAUGCUUGAACUAGGUGGUCAACCUGCAUCAAAUGCCAUGGUGACCAUGAAUCAGCUGACUACUGGUGGCCAGAUUUCCCUGUCAACUGUGAAGAGACGAAAGAAAUCCAUGCAAACACCCAAUCCAAAGAAAAUGUUUGAAGAGGCUCAGAUGGUGAGACGCGUGAAGGCAUAUUUGGCACGAUUGCAUGUGGUAACUGAUGAAGAAAAUUUGCGCCAGAUGUCUCUGGAUUGUGAGGGAACAGGAACUUCUGCCACAGCAAUAGGAGCCCUUCUCAAUACUGCAAGUUCAUCAGCAACCCUGAAAAGGAGGGUGACCCAAACUACAUUCCCCACUGUUACUGUUCAGCCUACUAAUGGUCAUCCUAGUCCCACUCUCUCAACUGCCUCAUCAGCUUCAAAUCAGUCAGGAGAUGCACGCAAGCCAAAAUUUGGAGCUGCAAGCCCCCAGUCAGUGAAGAAACUCCUGGCACUGAGCGAGCCAAAGACACGGCCAUAUCAGCCACCUGCACUUUCCCCAACCCCAUCACCAACAUCAAUUCGAAAGACCUCUGCAGGAUGUGUAGGCAAUGAGAAGAUCAUCCCUCUGAAACAGGAGCGAUCGCAUUCAGAGUCUAUGAUGACUGUACCCAUCUUCCCUGCUGUCGAUCUCAAUGCCGAGAGUUCGAGUGUCACCAGUCUUGUGCACCAUAAGCGCCACGACAAGUUCUCAGCACGACAUCGGGAUUUGUGUCAUGAUGGUCAUGGGGAUGUGCCACCAGCAGAUACAAAACCACCUCAGCCCCGACUUCCCCUUUCUGCACUAUCACAUCAUACAUCUGUCAGUUACUUCAGGCGUGCAUCAGCACUUCCUCAAGGAAUGGGAAACAGAGUUGUUCGAUCUCAGCCCCCAACUCCUCCACCUGGUGUGAGUGCAGAUCAUACAUCGUUGUUUGGUUUCUCUACAGCAUUUUCUCAUCCUCGUCCCACGCAGAAGCACUCUGGAUGGACAAGGAGACUGCCCGAUGUGGAAGGAAGGACCACAGGCUCAGGGCAGCAUCACCCCAGUAGGUGGCUCUCCAAUCAGCCUCCAAAGUUGAGGGCCAGGGCCCAGUCAACUGACUCAUUGGGAGUUACAUCAUCUAUGCCCUAUAGGCAGUUGCAUGACCAGGAUGAUUGUCCUGCAGAUCUUCUCAAUCACUUGAAUGAAGUCCGAAGUAAUGGACCUUGGAAGGAAGAUGGGGAUCAAAAAGAGGAAGAAGAGGCUCAUGUGAGACAUAGGCAGCAUAGCAGGGGAACUGAAAAGGAUCAAACACCUCAUUCAUCACCUGCAGAGGCACCUGAAUACACUGAGGAGCAGAUCAAGAAGUGCAAGGAUUAUUAUGAGGUACUUGGAGUGGGCAAAGAUUUCGCAGAGUCAGAACUGAAGAAGCAGUACCGAAGGCUGGCUUUGAUACUUCAUCCAGACAAGAAUAAAGCUCCUGGUGCUGGAGAAGCAUUCAAGGCUGUUGGGAAUGCAUAUGCCAUCCUCAGUGACAAAGAUAAGAGAAGGCAGUAUGAUCUCUAUGGAUCUGAGGAAUCAACACGAACCACUCAUCGUCAUAGGCACUACGAUGACUAUGACAAUUUCUUCCAGUAAGACCAGGUUAGGUUUGAAUCAUCUUACUUUGAUCAAAUGGAGACCUUCACCUCAUCAACUGGUUGUAAACCAAAUGUUGUGAUUCAUAUUGCCCUUGGCUUCCUCUUUAUCUUUCCAGCUGAGAUGACUGCAGAGGAAUUGUUCAACAUGUUCUUUGGUGGUGGGUUUCCUUCAUCAAAUGUCUACUAUUACAGAAGAAAUGGGAACCGUUAUGCCCAGAGAAACACAUAUACAAGACACACACAGGAUGAUGGGGCUCCUAAUUAUUCUGCACUCUUCAACCUGAUGCCCCUUUUGAUCCUGGUCUUCAUAUCUGUCAUGGGGAGCUGGUUUAGCAGUGAUCCACUUUAUAGCUUGGCAGCUUCGUCGCGUUAUCCUAUCAAGAGGACAACAAGCAACCUCCAGGUAGAAUACUAUGUGAAGCCUGACUUCUCUGAAAACUUCAAGGGAAGCAUACGAAGGUUGGAGAACUCCAUAGAAGAUGAUUACAUCACAAAUCUAAGACACUCAUGCUUUCGUGAGCGGAAUUACAAGGAGACUCUACUUUGGCAAGCUCGGACAUACGGUGAUCCAGUGAAGUUACGUCGUGCCCAGGAUUUCCGUACACCUGCCUGUGAUAGACUACAAGAAAUUUACUCAUAAUAUGUGUGAAGGUUAAAAGAGAGAGACAUAUUCAUAUGCCUCUCUAGUAUGUGUCAUGUUACCACAUGUGAUGCUGUGGAAUAAGGGAGGGUUAUAGAUGAAUUUUCACCAAUCCUUCAUGCAAAUAUAUCGAGUCCCUUUAUAUGCUUGAUGCCAAUCAUCUCAUUUCCUCUUUUGAGAAGUUUUUAAAAGGACUAAUUGUGAUCUGUCUCAUGAAUCCCAUGCUCCUAUGUGCAUCCUUAGAAUACACUCGAAAAAUUGUGCAAUUCUUUCCAAUCACCUGGCAUCUUGCUUGAAUAGAAACUGCCAAAGCAGAAAUUAAGCCUAAAUCAUGUUGAAAUUGAUUUGGCUGUGUGAAAGCUGGUGAAAAAUCAUUGGUAGGUGUCUGUUAUCGGCCCAAAAUAAUUUGAAGGAAAAUACUUUUUAGAUUCCACAUAUCAGUAGAAAGAUUCAUUUGUGGAAUGAUGCAAGAGAUGAACAUUAUUCACAUUAUUUGAUGUUUUACAGCAUCUCCUCUUUGCAUUAUUAAAGAUUGUUCAAUUAUGAAUGAACAUCCACCUUUUGCACUUAACUUGCAUUUGGUCUCUUUGAUGCACACCUUUUUCUUUUAUCCUGAAUAUGAAUGCAAGAGAGAGCAAAUAUCCUCAAAGAUCCCAAAUUCCCCCCUCCCCCCAAGUUUUCACUGGAAACACAUGCAGAAAAAAGAGGAAUGGAUGCUUCAUGCAUAGACGUGAGACCCUGAAUCCCCUGG